AUGUCCAAAAGUUUGUUUUAUCGCAUAACGCAGCUAAGGUCUACGAUUGGUAUGCCUCCUAUCACGAGGAAGAACAUCAAGGCUCUCGGCUUGAGAAGAAGAAACCAAACAGUUUACCAAAAAGUCUCUGCAGCCACUGCUCAUAGGCUCAGAAUCGUCAAAGAGUUGGUCUCAAUCGACUUGUUAGAAGAAAACCAGGUCGAAGACGCUAAGAAGUUGGAUAAGCCACAGUGGGCCAAGGGCUUCACGCAAGUCGGAAACUCCACCUUUGCUCUUUGCUUCCUAUUGGUGGGCGCUAACCAGAUUGUCCCUUGUCCUGUUGACAGCGUCCAUGGUAAUGAGUCUGUUGUUGACGAGAGGUUGAAGCAUGCCCAGCUCAAUAAGAAGGAGAAAGAGUCCAGCUAA